AUGGGGGUCCCAAAGUACAAGGCACUGACCAGAUUUAAAUACUCUUCUGACAGUCCAAAGGACUGCUUUGACGUCCACAAUCCUGCGAAUGGCGAGGUUAUCACGACUAUCCAAGGAGGCGGGAUUGCUGAAAUCGAGCAAGCAAUUGAAGCAGCAGACCAUGCUUUCCAUAAUGAUUGGAGAUGGAGAUCUCCAUUCGAACGGGCACGACUUCUUUUGAAAGCCGCAGACAGGCUUGAGGCACACUUCGACGAGCUCGCCUGUCUCCUAUCGCUGGAAAACGGAAAGCCAGUUUCUCAAGCACGAGAAGGUGAUGUGCUUUUUGUGAUCGGCAUUUAUCGGUAUUUCGCCUCUCUUAUCGACAAGUUACCCAAUGAGGUAUACGAUCAAGGUGCUAUAUAUGCGACUGUUCUACGCGAGCCUUACGGUGUAGUCGGUGCUAUACUCCCAUUCAACUGGCCACCGAUUCAUUUCGGUGGUAAGAGCGCGCCGGCACUAGCAACGGGAAAUACGAUUGUAAUUAAACCGGGAGACCAAGCGCCAUUGACUGUAAUGCGGAUGGUCGAAAUUGUAUCGGAAGUUCUCCCUCCUGGCGUCAUCCAGGCGGUGCCCGCAACGGGUGUACACGUACCGCAGGCACUGGUAACACACCCAAAGGUUAAAAAGAUCAGUUUUACUGGAUCAACAGGAGCAGGCGCUGCGGUCAGUAAGCUUGCAGCUGACGGAAUCACUCCUCUGACGCUCGAACUUGGUGGUAAAAACGCCCUUUUAGUCCUGGAAGACGCAGACCUCGAUCUAGCGGUACGAAAUGCAGUCGACGGCGCUUUUUUUAACCAGGGCGAGGCUUGCACUGCUUCUUCCCGAUUGUUAGUCCACAGCUCACUGCAUGACUCAUUUGUGAGUAAGCUAGCAGCCGCAGUGAGGCGCUUGAAAGUUGGUGACGGUGCCGACGAGCAGACUCACGUCGGCCCUGUGGUCACUAAAGCCCAUCAGCAAAGGGUCGAGGAAUACAUUCGAAUUGGUCUCGCUGAGGGAGCAAAGAUAGAGGCACAAGCACCACUUCCUACUAAUCCAAGGCUAACGAACGGGUUCUAUAUCCAACCAACUAUCCUCACACAGGUCACGAGAGACAUGCGCAUCGCCAAAGAGGAAAUCUUCGGUCCUGUUGUAACGGUCAUCAAAUUCGAGACGACUACAGAGGCCAUCGAAAUUGCCAACGAAGUCGAGUACGGGCUAGUCUGUGCAGUCUUCUCGAGAAAUUUGACCGAGGCCAUGCGGGUCGCACGCCACAUCGACGCAGGUAUGCUGUUUCUGAACAAUUAUAACCGAAUGGCGCUAGGGACACCGUUCGGUGGCACAAAAGCUAGCGGGUACGGGCGUGAGCACUGCAUCGAAACCCUCAAGGAUUAUACGUGGGCGAAGAAUAUGCGCUACCCGACAGGCUUAGGGGUGGUUGGAGGGUGGUCAAAACUGUCAUCGCUAUUCCCCUCUGAGGUGAACGGAAAGUGA